AUGGAAAUAAUAACUAUCUCAAAAUUUAAUAAUAAUAAAGGCCUCAAUGAUGAAGAUGAGGAGAUGGAAGAUGUCUCAAAUAACGAUCAAAUAGUUACCCCUGGUGAGUUGAUCACUGAAGACACAGUAUGGAUGAGAGGUCAUGGUACAUUUGCCUUAGGAAACAAAACCUACUCUUCUGUAGCAGGAACUAUUCUUAAAGUGAACAAGUUACUUAGUGUUAAACCAUUAAAGGGAAGAUACACACCGGAAACUGGUGAUCAUAUCAUUGGAAGAGUAAUUGAAGUGGGUAACAGACGAUGGAAAGUGGAUAUUGGUGCUAGGUCUGAUGCUGUUCUAUUGUUGGGAUCAGUGAAUUUGCCUGGUGGGAUUCUUAGACGUAAGUCCGACACUGAUGAGUUAACUAUGAGAAACAUGUUGAAAGAAGGGGAUUUGCUUAAUUGUGAAGUUCAAUCAUUAUUUCAGGAUGGUAGCGCAUCAUUACAUACAAGAUCUCUAAAAUACGGGAAACUCAAGAACGGUAUCUUCUUAUCUGUUCCAAGAUCUUUAAUUAUAAGGAGUAAAAAUCAUAGUUUUGUUUUACAGGGUAAUGUUAGCAUAAUAUUGGGUGUGAACGGGUAUAUAUGGAUUUACAAAACCCCAACCGUGGAUAAUAGACUCAAGACAGAUAGUACGGCUUCAACGGCAAGCAAGUUGCAAUCUGGAGUAAUGGGAAGACAAUCAGGUUAUCAAGUCGGCUCGGGAUCUGUCUCUUUGACAAGGUUAGAAGAAGAAUCCUCAUGGGAAAUUUACUCCGAUAAAAAUGACGAAAACAUCAGUGACGCUAUUAGGUCAAAUAUUAUCAGAUAUCGUAAUGCUAUACAGGCUCUUGCUCAUAGUCAAAUUGGAAUCAAUGAAUCAAGAAUCAAUAUGGCAUAUGAAGCCAGUAUGGCGUAUGGAAGUUUAGGGAGCUUAACAGAGCCCGAAGUGAUGGAAAAUAUUAGUAAUGAUGUUUUGAAUGGUGAAAAAAUGCGUGGAUCCUAA